CGCAUAGCAUUGGAUGAUGUUCAUUGAAAUGCCCUCUUUCUUUGUUUUGAAUGAGGCUUUAAUGAUCCUUGGUCCAUGAGAUUCCCAUCCUGUAAGUGCAUUUUGUGCUUGUUUGGACAGCAUCAGGGCAACUCCUUGUGUAUAUGGGGCAUUUUCUUCUUCAUGGCCGGAGUAUAACAGAAGCUUCCCUGAAGCUAGUCGUUGUUGUCCAACUUUCGUCCAAAAUGUUUCACUGAUCUCAAACACUUCUAGGUUGUAUCUUCUCAUUGGUGCAGCAAUUUUGAAGACUCUCUCAGUCUCCCACAUUUUACGAGUAUUCCAUGUACCUAAAUAAAUGGUUGCUCUGGUUGUCAGAAGUGGCAUCGGCCUCGUGACUUCCGAAAGAGCUUGGAUUUCAUGGUGUCAUAACUCUUCUAAAUGAAGACCUGAUUCCCAGGACAGAGUUGAAAUGGUUCGAAUAAUUUUUUCUGGUUAGUGUUGUUUAGCAAGUUAGUUUUCUAUGGGAUGGGGUCGCUAACCUCAUGCCUAACCCUCCUUUAUCCGGGCUUGGGACCGGCAGUAGCUCCCGGAGGGACUCCAUGCGGAGUUAUAUGACAGCAAACGAUGUAGUAAUAGUUUUCACAUACCGUCACACGGCACAUCUGUUAGGUUCCAUGAAGCUGUUCAAACCCUUUGGAGUGUUUUUGGUGGACAGCUUUUUGAGCAUUCAGAUAUCAAAUUAUUUAAAAUGUGUAGUUACAUGAAUACGACUAAUAGUCCAUACUUCUUUCAACAUGCAGACUGAACUGUGGUAAACAUUAUAUUCCGUAACAGUAUCUUCGAUUGGUAACCGGAAGCUUUUUCAGUUGCCACUUAAGUGAGAUGAAACAUUUUACUGAAUAGCACAGCUAGUCAGCAGUGCUCAAUAAGUUUACUCUGUACUGUAAACACUAGAAAGCGGCCUCAUGAGUAGUAUCCUGGGAUAGAAUAUGCCUAGGAUCGGAUUGUUAACAUGUGACCGGUUUCUAAAUUAGGUGGUAAUAAAUGAAUUCACAGCGUGUGCUUUAAAUAUAUACAACCAGGUUAAACUGACGGCUGUUUGAAGCUUAAAAGUAAUAUCUUACCAAAGCUUUCUGGUUUUCAUUCAUAUCUCAAAAAUCAAAUAUCACAAACUUGCUCAGAUUGCUUGCUUACUAUUUAUAAGUCGUAUUUUUCUACUGGUUUUCAGAAAUAACUCUAAAUCAUCUUCAUGUUACGUGUGAAUAUCUAUUGACGAAUGUCGCGAAAUAUUGAACUUUUUCUGGCUACCCUCCGCCACGGCAAAUUUACCGACAUUCAUCUAAAAUAUCUAUAUAAUCCAGCUGCUGUGCAUAGUGAUACAAAAAUCUUUUUUGUUUUGAUUAUCAUACUUUUAACUAUUUUGUCAAAACCUCAUUUUAUCCAGCAAAAAGCUAUUAUGGUUAAGUCGAAUUACUACCUUUCAAAUUGAUUAGCUAUAUCUCAUUGUUUUUCUGAUUGAACAUAAAUUUUCGUUUGAAAUUAAAUCUUCAUCAGGACACCUAACAGGUAUGACUUGUAUAGUGAUAGUUUAUAAUAAAUAAACAGUAUUCUCUUAUAGCCAGACAUAAACGAAAUUAAUAUUUAGUUAAUGAUUUAAAAACCUAACCCCAAAUUCUUUAUUCUUUCAGUAUAAUAGUCCACUUUUGUUUUCCACAAGCAGGAAUUUGUUUUUCCGGUUAGUGGGUCUGUUACGUCAAAAUACCCUGCCUGUCGCAGUUUUGGAUGGUAUCGCUCCGUCACUAAAAUCAGCUGUUAUGGAACAAAGACAGCAAAAAUUGACAGGGAAGAUCACAACUCAGAAAUGUACGAAACCAAAUCGUAGUAGAAUACGGUUCUCAAAAAUAUCUCAAGAAUGCAUCCAACUACUUAAUUCAUUUGGCAUUCCAUGGGUCCAGAGUCCUGGAGAAGCGGAAGCUAUGUGUGCAUUCCUUAACUCAAAUAAACUAGUGGACGCUUGUAUCACAAAUGAUGGUGAUGCUUUUCUGUAUGGUGCUGAGACAGUUUAUCGUCAUUUCUCUAUGGAUAGUCGGGACUCCAGUGUUUGUGUUUUUCACAUGCAUCGUAUACGCGACGUACUGAAUUUGACCAAAUGUGAUUUAGUUCUACUUGGCAUUUUGUUGGGUUGUGAUUAUUGGGCAAAUGGUGUCUCUCGUUUAGGUCCGGUUGGAGCUUUACGUUUGAUUGCAUCCUUGAAAUCUCCAAAUUUGCAUGUAGAUGAGCAUUUCCUCAUUAAAUUUUUGACUUGGUUAACAAGUACUUGUCCACAAAAUUGCGAAGAUUUCAAUCUCAAUCCAUUUGAUCUUCGUGUAUGUCCAAGUGAUAUAAAAAUGUGGCUGCGUGUUGGCGUAGAAUUAAAGAAUUGUCCAUACGAAGAAAUAUUUGCAGAAUUCCUAACUAGUUUUGAAAAUCGUAAUUGGACCUUACCCAAACAGGAAUCUGUUUCUCAGUGGAAACGACCAGAUCCAAGAAAAGCUGUAUCUUUUUGUCAAAUUCAUUUAAAUUGGGAUCCAGCCUAUACUCUUCAACAUUUUUUACCGGUUAUGGCAUUAUGGGAUUUAAGACAUCCUCAAAUUUAUAAUUCGCCUUCAUAUAUCAAGUCGUUGAUUGCUUAUCAAAUUGAUGAUUCUGUUAUUUUGAAACCUUUAAGGAUAGUAAAGAAACGCAUAGUUAAUUAUGUAGACUCUUACGAAGUCGAGUGGGAAAGAUUGGGAUUUGAUAAAUGGUCCGGUCAAAAAAAUAUUCUGCAUCCCAAUGAUGAAAAUGUUCAGAAUAUGAAUACUUCUGAUAAUUGCAAUUAUUAUUUUUCUGUACCACAAGAAGAAUUUCGUAGAGCUCAUAGUGAAAUUUGUUCUGUGUUCGAAAAUUUCACACGUCAGAUUCUAAUUGGAAAGAAAAAAACAAAGUCGAAGUUGUCUAAAAUUGACAAAAAUCAACUUAUGUUAGAUGAAGCAUUCAAGGGUUUAAGUAUAUCAACUAAAAAAGUAAAUAAGAAUGAGUCAGAAAAAGAGAAAAGUCCUAAUAUUUUGACUUCGCUUACUAAACUCACUAAGCAUCCAGUGUGGGAGUCAGACAAUUCAAGCAUUGAUGAAAAUGAAUAUGUUGAUUACAAUAAUGAUGUAAACAGAAAUCACAAAGAUAUGUUGCCUGAAUCCAUCAUUUCCGAAAUGAAUAUUGGUUAUAAUAGUGAUAUUGAAGUGUACAAUCACACUGGUCGCGAAUCGCCACCACCGUCUCUCUCCGCUGGAUGCACAUUUUCAUCUCCUUUGAGUAGUGAAUUGAAAUCUACAUUUUCUAAUUUGACCAAACGCUCAUCUUCAUUGUCUAAUUUAUUUAAUAAUCCACGUUUACAAUUGCAAACUUCUCUUCUAUCCAAUUCUUUUGUAUCUGAAAGGAAAAUCUCACAUUCCAAUCUUUUAUCACCAUCAAUCUUCUCUAGUUGUUCUUCUUCUUGUUCAACUGACAAAGAAGAUGAUAUAAUUACUGGUCAUAGUAUUUCACGAAUAAAUGAAAAAUUCCGUACACCUAAAACAUUAAAAGAUCCGUUAGGUGUUGUAAAUUAUUUUUAAUGAAUAAAUCGUUCUCACUAAACUAUUUUAUUAAAAUAGUAUUACUUUUUUUUAUCCACAUUUUUGCCUUAUUCCAUGCUUGUUUUUAUAUGCAUUACCAUACAACCAGGAAAUUUUGUUAACUUUUUUAAUUCUUAUGAAUUUUUCUUCUCUCCAAAUAGCCUUUCUUGUAUUGUUGUCUUUAUUUUUUUACCCUGUUGUAAAUACAAUUUAUUGUUGUUUUGUAGAACCUGUUUCUAUGAGAUGUUUUCAAAAUUUAUUUAAAUGAAACAGAUUUUAUUUUCUAUAGAAAUAUGCUGUCACGAAUGUUGAUGAAAGAAUGCGUCUGUGUUUCUAGUUAUUCGUAUUAUUUUAACUUCGGUGUAUUUUAAGGAAUACAGCUACUAGAUAAUUACCAUAACACAUAAAUGACACCCUUCUUUGCUUAUCAGGAAAAGGUAUUCACUUCUUUAUCAGAGCUUUGACAAAUUAAACGGUAAAAUUUUAAAGUUUGUAUGGUUCGAGAGUAUCCAUAUUUUCCGAUAUUAGUUUCUCAGCUGCAUAACCAAACUUGUUUUAGAAUCCUCUGGUUACUUAAAAUUGUUUUGGGCUGGAGUAAUGUCUUUCCGGACAAGAGAAAUGUCAUUAAUAAACUGUUUUUUGG